CAUUAUUGUGGCACAAACUUGACCAGGCUAAGAGGCUUCAAGCGUCACAUCACAGCUCCACUGAGCUAAGGGUCAGCUAUGUUUCCAGAAUGUUACUUUGUGAUCACCAGCAAUUUCAGAUAGCAUAAGAAUAGGUUCGAUUUAUUUUUUUGAAAGAUUUCUUGGUGUCAUGGACAACCCAGGGAGCAGUUGGUGGAUUAUGGUGGAGAUUGCUUGCAGAAUUCUUGGCAUCUCUACAGCCACAGUGUUGUGUGCUGUAGGAGUGGAGACCAUCCAACAGGGAGACUUCAACAGCCUUGGCAUUUACCUGCUAGUAUCUUCUGUUGGCAUCAUGAUAUUUGAGUUGGCCUAUUACUUGGAUGCACUUCUGCUCAUGUGCCUGCCGUGUCCUCCUGAGUGGCAGAUCUUUACAUUAUGGGGGAAGAUGGCUAAAGUUGAAGGCUUCCAGAAGUUCCUCUAUUAUUCCAUAAUGUCCAUCGUCUGUUUCCUGCACCCUGUGCUUGUGUGGCAUGCAGUUAUUCCGGGGGCAAUGCUUCUAGUGACUGCCUUGUUCAACUUCAUACUCAGCAAGAAAACAAAGACCGAAUCAUCUAAAAGCCCGCAGGAGAGUUACAGCAGCCAAGGCCCCACCACAGUUUAUGCGACAGAGGGGGUCAACCCGAACGGGACCCUCUCCUUCCUCAGCGCGAUGACGGGGAAAAGAGUUGCCCUCGCAACCGGGAACGAAGCCCACGGCUUGGCCGGGAGUGGAGAAGAGAGCUUCCAGGCCAUGCUGGAGUUGGAGCGCACACCAAAUGAGAGGAAGAGGAAGGAUAGGAAACCCACGUGGAUGAGAGGGAGGAAGGAGCUGCUGGAGAGGGAGAUGGAGGAGAUGACAGAGUUUGGGGAUUCAGAGCCGGAAAACACCUCAGACACUGCACCUAUGAUCACUGACUGAUCGGCUCUGCCCUAUUUGUUACGGCAAAUGUUGGGUUGGUGCUGAAACUGUACAGUACUUGAAAUAAAUGAAACACAUUUUUUUGAGCAAUGACUCUUCGUGAAAUGAGGCUGCAUUUAAAUCUUGCUUGCAGUUUUAGCACUGCUAACUACCGCUCAUUGGGGAUGGUCCUUCUUCUACAUGUGCCCUAUAUGUAACAAAAAGCCAAAGAAAAAGCAAAACAUGCAAAAAGUUAAUCCUUUGAGCUUCUAAGUUAGUCUCAUGAUAUUUGCUGCCAUGGUGUGAGCAGUUUGAAUUUUUGUGUGACUUCAGAAAUGUAAAAUUUCCCCCAAUUUCAGGUCAAAUUGUGAAUAAUGUCAUUUUAGAGCGUCUGUUUUAUAUUCACGUUUGCUUUUACGGGAUGAUUUUUUAUGAUUGGCCAUGUAACCCAAUUUAUGACACACAUGGUGCCUUUUAGUCUGAUUCAGUCCAUAUUUGCAAAGCUUGAAUGGAGCGGGUCAGUGACACUAAUGCAAGGCAAUCCAAUCUAGUUAAUGUUUCAUGCAUUAUUUAUUAGGCAAUAAAGUGGAUUAAGUGUUUCACUCAUUCAACAGCACUGGUGGAAAUCUGUGUAAAUGUGACAGGGGAAAAACUGGAAUUAAAGCAUGCGCAGGUGUCACAGUCGCAUUCAAGUCGCCUCAUUGUGUGUGUUUAGCGAGCGCGAGUGAUCACCAUGGCAACCGGGCUCCGGGAUGUGAGACCAGACACUCCAAACCAGUGAAAACAAUGGAGUUAAUGUGUCCAACAUGGUUAUGCACUGUUGACUGUGAUUUGUUAAC